GAAGAAGCGGCGGUGGGUUACAUAGUCAUAUUUUUAUUUAGAGGUCUUCAUCAGCAGAACUUUACUCAUCACUGAGGAAUGGAGGAAAAAGAAAGAUGCGGUUGAGCGUUUUCUGCCUUCUGAUUCAAUCUCGGAACUAAACCUAUCCACUUAUUAUGAAUUCCUGUUUUUGAGAAAAAUUCUGGACCACCCUUGCUGUAUUACCACAAACCUACUUGCCUUUGUUCUAGAGGACUUGACAUGGGAUAUGAGUGCAAAAUAUCCUACUAGGGACGUUACUUCCAAGAUUUGCAGUCCUCUUUAGCUUUCCUAUAGCUCAUCACUGAGACUACACAAUGAGCUGUGUUCCAUGGAAAGGGGACAAGGCAAAAUCUGGAUUGGAGCCUCAAGAACCUCUUCCUUCACAAAUCUACCAUGAGAAACAGCGUCGGGAACUCUGUGCCCUGCAUGCCUUGAACAAUGUCUUUCAGGAUGCUGGAGCAUUCACUCGGGAAACUCUACAGGAGAUAUUUCAAAGGUUGUCCCCCAACACUUUGGUGACGCCUCACAAGAAGAAUAUGUUGGGAAAUGGGAACUAUGAUGUUAAUGUUAUUAUGGCAGCACUUCAGACCAAGGGAUAUGAAGCUGUAUGGUGGGACAAAAGGAGGGAUGUCAAUUUGAUCUCGCUCUCUAAUGUUACUGGGUUUAUUAUGAACCUUCCAUCAAGUCUGUCUUGGGGUCCCCUUAAGCUUCCACUCAAAAGGCAGCACUGGAUAUGUGUACGUGAGGUAGGAGGUAACUACUACAACUUGGACUCCAAACUGAAGAGGCCAGAGUGGAUUGGGAGUGAAGAUGAUCUAAGGAAAUUUUUGAGAUAUCACUUAAGAGGCAAAAACUGUGAGCUGCUUUUAGUGGUAUCGGAGGAGGUUGAAGUUCAUCAGCGCUGGAGGACUGAUCUAUAAUCAACCAAACCAUGAACUUUUUUUUCUUCAUCUUUUUUUUUUAUUUUGUUUUCCAUUCACUACGACAAUUUAAAUGGUAUUGACAAUC